UUCCAUCCACAGUCCGCCGUCGGCACUUCGCAGCCACUCAAACCCCAUCAACAAAACGGCGCCAAACUCCAGGCACCUGACGACGACCAUCUCCGCGGCUCCGCCAUGAAGCACCUCCUCCUCCCCUCCCCUCUCCCGUUCCUCCUCCACCGCCCAUCCAAGCCGCUUCUCCUCCACCCUCGCCGCCGCCUCGGCUUCAUCUCCCCCGCCGCAUCCGGCGGCAGCUCCGGCGAACCCGCCUCAUCGGAGCCCGCCACGGACACCGUCACCCAGCCCUCUCCACCGGCCGCCGCUGCCCCCUCCAGCGCCAAGCCCACCGGCAUCAAGAACCGCCUCAAGGCGAGGAACCAGGCCCGCCGGUUCCAGCUGGAUGCCCCGCCGGAGGAGGUGACGCCGAAGAAGAAAGCUACGGUGGCGGCGCCGCGGAGGGAGAAGCAGCGGGAGCGGAAGGAGUGGGAGGAGAUGAGCCUGCCCGAGAAGGCCGUGGAGCUGUACGUCGGGGAGAAGGGGCUCCUCUUCUGGCUCAACAAGUUCGCCUACGCCUCCAUCUUCAUCAUGGUCGGCGCCUGGAUCCUGUUCCGCUUCGUCGGCCCGUCCCUCGGCUUCUACCAGCUCGACGCCCCGCCGCUGCCGCCGACCGCCGUGUUCGGCGGCUCGCCGUGAGACGGGUGAGAGCGUCGGCUGGGUGUUCUUGCAGAGUGGAGCGCUAUCUAGGUAGCUUAGCGUAGUGGAUAAGAUAUAUGGAAAAAGAUUGAGGAAGAAGAGGAUGCAAAUAGCUUUUCAAAAAAAAAAAGAGAGAGAAGAGGAUGCAAAUUUAAGAAAACGUGGCUUGAUUGCUUCGACAAUGUGUGCCUUGUUAUCAUAAUCGGAGGAUUGGAUUGAAUUGUGCAGUUUUUGAGUAGAAGUUUCGAUCUUUCUUCCUGGCAGUUGAUAAUUGUGGAUGCACAGAGCUUGUAGCUUCAAGGCACAGCACUUCCUAGUUCUUACCGCAUCCUGAAUUUCUGAUUUAUGUAUGCAAAAGUAAUUAAUUCGGUUGCUUUGGGUAC